AUGGAUGGAGCAAACCACACCACAGUGACAGAGUUCAUUUUCCUGGGGUUCCUGGGCUCGCUCUCUCUGCGACUCACUCUCUUUGUGAUCUUCCUCUCUGUGUAUCUGCUUUCACUCAUGGGAAACACCCUCAUCAUCUUCCUUGUGCUCAUGGAUUCCACACUCCAGACACCCAUGUACAUCUUCUUAGGGAAUCUGUCCUUCCUGGAGGUCUGGUACACCACAGUCACUGUGCCUAAGUUGCUGGCCACCUGCCUCUCCAAAGUUGUCACCAUCUCUGUGUCCGGCUGUAUUACCCAGUUCUACUUCUUCUUCUCCAUGGGAGCCACAGAGUGCAUCCUGCUCGCAGCGAUGGCCUAUGAUCGGUACGUGGCCAUAUGCAGCCCUCUGCGGUACUCACUGUUCAUGAAUAUUCAGAUCUGCAUGAAGUUUUCAGCUGGAUCCUGGACUGCGGGAUUCAUUGCUCCUCUUCCCGCUACCAUAUUCAUCUCUCGUCUAAACUUUUGUGGUCCUCAGAAGAUCAACCAUUUCUUCUGUGACUCAGACCCCAUUACUAAACUCUCCUGCUCAGACACAUUUUUUGUUGAGGCACUAGGUUACACUUGCAGCUCAGUUGUGAUUCUAAGUUCUUUCUUCUUCACCAUGUUCUCUUAUGGAAAUAUUGUGGCCACAGUCAUCAGGCUGUCCUCCCGAGAGGCUCAGAAGAAGACCUUCUCCACCUGUGCCUCCCACCUCACUGUAGUCACCAUCUACUAUGGCACUGUUAUCUUUGCCUAUGUCCGCCCUCCAGCCAAGUACAACUUCACCAUUGGUAAAGUGGUCUCCGUGUUCUACUGUGUGGUCACGCCAUUGGUAAACCCUCUCAUAUACACCCUGAGGAACCGGGAGGUGAAGAAAGCUUUCAGGAAAUUUUUAGUUCAGAACACAUUUUUCAUAGCUAAAGACAUCAAGAAGUUUUGA